ACCCCUCCCAAAUAAACUCCCCCGAAUAAUUCGUCGUCUCCUUCCCCAGUCUCCACCACUCUCCCCCUUUGCUCGCUCCCAAAUCGUAAACCCUAGCCGCGCCCCAGCGCGAGGGCACCCCCGCCGCCGCCAUGGGCGCCAGUCGGAAGCUGCAGGGCGAGAUCGACCGCGUCCUCAAGAAGGUCCAGGAGGGCGUCGACGUCUUCGACAGCAUCUGGAACAAGGUCUACGACACCGAGAAUGCGAACCAGAAGGAGAAGUUCGAGGCGGACCUCAAGAAAGAGAUCAAGAAGCUGCAGCGGUACAGGGACCAGAUCAAGACGUGGAUCCAAUCCAGCGAGAUCAAGGACAAGAAGGUUAGUGCCUCUUAUGAGCAGGCUCUGAUGGAUGCCCGUAAGCAGAUUGAACGAGAGAUGGAACGAUUUAAAGUUUGUGAGAAGGAAACAAAAACCAAGGCCUUCUCAAAAGAAGGGUUAGGUCAGCAACCAAAAACUGAUCCCAAAGAGAAGGCCAAAGCUGAAACGAGGGAUUGGCUUAAUACUGUGGUUAGUGAUUUGGAAAGCCAGAUUGAUAACUUUGAAGCAGAGGUUGAAGGGCUUUCAAUUAAAAAGGGAAAACAAAGACCACCUCGACUGGUACAUUUAGAGAAGUCUAUUACGCGGCAUAAAGCUCAUAUAAAGAAAUUGGAGUCAAUCUUGAGACUUUUGGAUAAUGAUGAGUUGAGUCCUGAGCAAGUCAAUGAUGUUAAAGAUUUCCUUGAAGACUACGUUGAACGUAAUCAGGAAGACUUUGAUGAAUUCAGUGACGUUGAGGAUCUCUAUAGCACAUUGCCUAUGGAGAAGGUUGAAGCACUUGAAGACAUGGUUUCACUUGCUCCUUCCAGUCUUGUGAAGGGUGUUGCUUCUGUUUCCACCAGUGCAGUUUUGAGCACGAAGACUUCUUCAGUUGCAACUUCAUCUACUCAGCCUACUGUAUCAACAACUACUUCACAAAGUACAUCACAAGAUCAAACAGAGGAGACGGCUUCACAAGAAAGCAAUCCUGAAUCUAUGCCACAAACGCCACCUUCAAAAGGUGGAAAUCUUGGACCUUCAGUGCCAGUUGUGCCCAUUGCUAUCAGUACUGGUAGCGUGCCUGUUUCUGUCCCUGCGGAAACCAUUAAUUCCCCUGUGCGGCCAACUGUUCCUACCACAGCGGCUGCAAUACUUUCUUCUGCUACUCCACGAAGUGCUCCUGAGAGUACACCUGUUGUAACCUCAAUUCCUGCAAACUUAUCUGGCACCUUGAAGGAUGAUGACAGCAUGAGUUUUCCUCCACGAAGACCAUCUCCUGCCAUUACUGAAAUUGGAAUUGGCAGGGGCAUAGCCCGUGGAGUAACUAGUCAGACAUUAGGUACAGCUCCCAUAAGUAUUGGUCCAGUCCCUGGAAAUGGAUCGGUUAGUGCACUCCCUGCAAUAAAUGACUUGUCCAAAAGAAAUCUAUUGAACACUGAUGAGAGAAUUAACAGUGGUGGUCUUUCUCAGCAGUUGGUUUCGCCUCUUGGUAAUAAAGUUCAACCACAGCAACUUCCCAGGACUAAUGAUGCAAUUAGCUCUGAUUCUGCUAGCACAAAUGAAAACCCUAUUCUUGGAGGAAGAGUAUUUUCUCCUCCAGUUGUUUCUGGGGUUCAAUGGAGACCUCAAACUGCUGCUGCAUUUCAAAAUCAAAGUGAAACUAGUCAAUUUCGUGGAAGGCCUGAGAUUUCUGCUGACCAAAGGGAGAAGUACCUACAAAGAUUGCAGCAAGUACAGCAGCAGCAAGGCAGUCUUCUUAAUGUUCCUCAUAUAGCUGGCAUAAAUCAGAAGCAAUUUCCAACACAGCAGCCAAAUCCCCUUCUGCAACAGUUUAACUCACAGAGUUCUUCUAUAUCUUCCCAAGUGAACCUUGGGCUUGGAGCUCAAGGAUCAGAUGCUGGGCAUGUAAAAAGUGAAGAACAACAACAAAGUUUGGCUGAAGAUGUUGGUGUUGAAUCUGCUGCAACAACUGGAGCAAAUAAACAAACAAGUGAAGAUGACACAAAGAUUCCUUAUCCGAAUCCUUCAGCACCUGCAACUGAAAACACUCAGCUGCCUAGGGACACUGAUCUAUCGCCUGGGCAGCCUUUGCAACCUGGAAUGUCAUCAUCUGCUGUUGGUGUUAUUGGCCGAAGAAGUGUAUCUGAUCUUGGUGCAAUCGGAGAUAACCUCACUGGAACUUCUGCAAGUUCUGGUCAUGAUCAGCUUUAUAAUUUGCAAAUGCUCGAAGCUGCAUUUCACAGGCUUCCACAACCCAAGGACUCAGAGCGUGCUAAAAAUUAUGUUCCGCGGCACCCUGCAGUCACCCCUGCUAGUUACCCCCAAAUUCAGGCACCGAUUGUAUCGAAUCCUACCUUUUGGGAAAGAAUUGGUAGUGACACAUUAGCUACGGAUAUGCUGUUCUUUGCAUUCUACUAUCAGCAGAACACAUACCAACAAUACUUAGCUGCUAGAGAAUUGAAGAAGCAAUCAUGGAGAUUUCACAGAAGGUACAAUACUUGGUUCCAGCGGCAUGUGGAGCCACAAGUUACAACCGAUGAGUAUGAGCGGGGCUCCUAUGUGUACUUCGAUUUCCAUGUCACCGAGGACGGCUCAGGAUGGUGCCAAAGAAUCAAGAAUGACUUCACAUUUGAGUACAACUACCUUGAGGAUGAGCUAUCGGUACAGACAAAUUAGAGUGCCAUCUGCCAUGGCAGUAGGUCUAAUCGAGCCAUUGUGUCCAAUGUGAAUCUUGUAACUUUCGGAAGGUGUCUUAGCUGUUAUAAUCCGGGACUCUAUAGAACAAUUCCCUAGCUGUAAACUAAUGGGUGAAGUUGGUGCUACCCUGUGCAUUUAGGUUCUGGUGCACCGCUCAUGUGGGUUAUGUCAACAAAGUGAACAAACCAGUGUGUCUCAGCUGUACAUGGCUGUUCUGAUCUGCAUGUCAGAGUCAUGGGGGCUCCGAAAUUUGUUUCGGAUCUUCCUUUGCCCCUGUGUUUAAUUUCUGUUUAAUCUUGAGUGAUUUUGCUUUAAA